GCUAACUGCCGUAAAACCUCGAAGAAGAAGAAGAAGAAGAACCAGAAGAACCAGAACCACUAGCCAAUCAACCGGCAGAGACAAAAGUAGCUAAACCAAAAAUACCAGCUGGCGUUAGCGAUUAGUUUUAUCGAUUGUUUAAGAAAAGUAGCUAGGAUUAGUUUGUAAUCUAAUUUUUGUCGUAUUUCUUUGUUUUUCCAGAACAGACAGCCGUUUAGGUUGGCACUUCUUUCUCUUGCUUACAGUUAAAGAUGCUGUCUACCGGAGAUGUCCAAGGUUGUCUUCGUAAACUGGAAGCCCUACUGCGGAUGAUUAAGUACCCAGGAUAUGUGGACUACAAUGGUCUUUCCAAAGGAGAUCCUUCAGCUUUUCUGCCAAUACUAAGCUUCACCCUCACCUCCUUCUCUCCACCUUUUGCUGAACAACUAAUGGCGGCUGGACUGGAGCUGACUUGCAAAACUGACCUUCGAUUCACUGACACUCUUUAUAAGGUACUACGAGAUAUCUUUCACUAUAAGCCCAUACUGACCAAGCAGCAGUUCCUCCAGUGGGGUUUCUCUCAAAGGAAAAUCUCUGUUAUCUGUGACAUCAUUAACUUGGUCCUGCAGAAACACAACCAACUGAAGAAGCCUAGAGUCAGAUGUCCGGCUUCACACAGCGACGGCAGAGGAGAAGCUCAUCCAACGCUGACUGAUGCAGACACUGUGUCCAAGAGGUCACUUGUUGUGAAUCACCUAGAAAAUCCUUCCACAUUUCCCACAAACUCCUCCCAUGCAGAAGCAUUCUCCUCGCAUAAUAUAACAUAUACCUCCCAUAAUGAAGUGUACUCCAGUUCUCCUGAAAAAUGGAUCGUAGAGCAGGCAAAAGGGGAGGAGGACAAGGAUAACAUUCUUCACUCGCCAGAGGUGGAAGGAAGGCUCUCAGCACUGGAAGCUCAACUAGCGACUCUUGUGUCUGGACUACACAGGCUCAGCGUCCUGGAGAAACGCCUGGAGGAAUUUGAGAGACAGAGAAACACAGACAUGAAAGAAGGACAAGUCAUCACUAUAUGCAGAGAGAGCUGGGAAAAUCUGAUGAGCAGAGUCCUGUUAUUGGAAACUAAACUGGAAUUGAGCAAUAUACAGUUAAAUGCCCCGUCGCCAUGUCCAACAUCUACCAACUCCUAUUCUUCCAGCUCCACAUCUGAUGCUUCAAAGGAGGACCUCAAGGACAAACUAGACAGCAUCACCAACAUGCUGAAGAACACCUCCAAACUGUUGAAGAACACUGAAUCCACCACAACACGCUGCAAAUGAAUUAUGAUUGGUGAUCGCACUACAAUCUUGGCAUAUUUUCCUGUCUUCUUGACAUUGUAAACCUAAUUAAACCUAAUUAUAACCAUUUUUA